CAGUUGCUCCUAAUGUCGUAAAAUAGUAAAAUAUUAUAUUAAACUAUUUCUUAAUUCAUUAAUUGCGAUAGUACUUAUUUAUUUCGAUUGAUAUUUUUUUUAUUAAAUUUAAUAAUUAUUUUUUAUACGUUUGUCUUCAUACUCCUGGAACGGAUUACUGUGAAGCACAUGGUCGGUGUUAGUUAAAAAAAGCGUGCGAGGAUUGGCACUGGCCAUUGGAUGGCUAUGUAUUACUACGCGAGCAAGCUGAACGAGGCGUCAUGUAGCGGGUGUAAUGUGAAGGUGCCCUCGGCGCCGUCAGAGGCUGCGCCUGCGCCGCCAGCGGAACAUUCCCAACUGUUGAAGACAGACUCAACUUUACUCGGCACUGGACUGUCUUACUACGAUAAUGAUGACUACUAUUCUAUGGUAAGAGGAAACAAAUUUAUGUCAGAGAGUGGUGUGAAGCACCUAAUGAUGAACGGCGGUCUUAACUUUGUCGCCACGCAAAAAUCUGAUCAACCCCAGCUUUCCAACCUUCCAGCUAAAAGCCUAUCCCUACCCUACGUGAACACUGAAAAACUGGACCUAGAGUACAAAGAUGGCCAGAUUGUCAGUGGUACAAUAGACUCCCUGGCUGACCUUCUGCGGCCAGGGGCCAGCAAAUCAUUUAUUUUCACUUUCUUGCUCUGUUCGAGACUUUUCAUCAAGCCACAUGAGCUUUUAGCCAAAUUGUGCAAGAGAUAUUUUCGAAGUUACGAUAAAGUGGGAAAGUCAGAAAUGAAGGAUUCGGCAGAAAAGGAAGUCCUAGAGAUGGUGGCAUUGGUCCGAGUUCUUGAUAAUUGGACCGGCAUGUUCCCGUACGACUUCCGAGAUGACCGUGUUAUGGCCCUCGUUAAGAGUAUCACGCAGAGGUAUUGCCGGUGUUCAGCAGAGCAUAUGAGCUCGGUGCGUGCAGAUAUGUCCAGUGUUUUGGAACGUUUGCUUGACAAACUGACAGCGUUAGAACAUUAUGAGGAGACUUUGGCCGAUGUGCCGCAGGUGUUGAAUGUGGAUAACUUACCGCAGGGAGAUGUUUUAACUCUAGGCCUAACACCAGUGGAACUGGCCAAUCAGCUGACGAUGUUAGAAUUGCAUCGGCUGUCCUUUAUUGGCCCCGAAGAGUUUGUUCAGACCUUCGUGCCGAAUCAACCCUCAUCAUCAGGAAAACCAAUUUCUCUUCAACACGUGGAAACGAAAAGUACCAAGAAUUUGGAGGCCUACGCCGAAUGGUUUAAUAGAUUGAGCUUUUUGGUCGCUACUGAUAUCGUCAAGCCAGUGAAGAGCAAAUACAGAGCGCGUGUGAUUGAGCAAUGGGUGAUGACUGCGAGGGAAUGCUUCAAUUUGGGCAAUUUUAACUCGCUUAUGGCCAUCAUCAGCGCACUCAACAUGAUUCCUGUCACCAGGCUUAGGAAAACUUGGAGCCGCACUUCGGGGGUCUGCGUGCAACAGUUGCGACAACUGGAACUCUGCGUUGAACCAAGUGGAAAUCAUGCCAGGUAUAGAGCAGCGUUAGCAGCGGCGCCUACUGAGACAGCUGUUCCACUACUCUCGGUCACCUGCAGAGACUUGCAUUUCGUCAAUCAAGCCUCACCCAACAAACUCGGUAACCGUAUAAACUUCUCGAAGUGUACGCUCCUGGCGCGUCACGUGUGCUCUCAACUGGCCGCGAGGCGUCUUUGCGCUGAAGGGACGGUUGUCAUGGCAACUCCGCCGCCAUUAAACGCCGCAGCUCGUGCCUUUCUUACUGAGAGGAGCACGCUAACAGAAAGGGGACUGGAACUGACAUCGUUUGACCGCGAGCAUCCCACGGAUCAUCUCGAGAAGGAGCGAUUUAAGCGGUUACGCGGCGGAACCUAAAAUAAAAUAUUCUGCGUGUCUGAUGCCUUCACGCAGCUAUUAGCCAUGCCAUAGACAGGUUCCGUACAAAUUCUAUCUGCUUGCGGUCGUCAGCCGGAAUAUUUCUAAAAUUGAUAGAAGGCCGUUUACCGCGUACUACUAAUUCAAUACUAAAUUGUACAAGUUUCAAUCCGAUAAUCUUUGCCAAUUUUGAACGUAGAGUAGAUCUUGGUCUAUGGUUAUGUCAAACUCACGAUCUGUCAAACUACUUCUGUGCAGGAAGUUACGUAUUUUGUCAGCUCAGCUUCACUUAGUAUUAUAAAACUUAAAUGUUGAUGUUUUUAAUUUAAGGAGUUUGAUUAGUUUGGACUAACAUUACGGUAUGCUCGCGAAUUAUAUUGAUUAUAAGUUGCACAACUUUUUGUGAUAAAAUACGUUCAUUGAAGUUCUUAAUUAACUAAAAAUUUUUUACUUUAUUCUUGAGAACAUUUAUUUAAGAAGAAAAUCUUUAAACCAAACGAUUUGGUUUAUAUUUAUUACAUUCGUAUAUUCGAUUUUAUUUACCAGUUAAAAUAUAUAAGGCUGGUCCUUUCUCUUUGAAAAAUAUACUUAUAUGUAGCGUUAAAUAUAUUUAACAGAGCUAUGUACGCAUUGAGUACAUAUAUUGACAAAUCACAUAAGACAUUAUUUAAGUGAAUGGAAUUUGAUAUAGACAUCUCGAUAGUUAAUAUUGCUCCACACAUAGUGUCGGAGCUAAUGUAGAUACAGUUAUAGUAUAACUUUGAAUUCCGUCUGAUUGCACUCGUAAUUAACUCUUUCAUCUCUUUUUCGCAAAUUAUGAAAAGAAGAGGUGAGGAUUUUAAGUAGAAUGCAAUUAGAUUUUAUGAAUAAUAUCUAUAAUAAGUUAGGAUCAACAUUUUAAUUUUCAUGAAAUAUCAGGUGAUUUUCCUGAACGUUCCCGUAUGACAAACACGUACUGACUUUUGACACACCGGACACAAACUUAAUGUCAGACAAAGUAUUCUCCUAUAUCUGUAUUGUGGAUAGGGACAAUGUAAUUAUUAACGAAAAUUUUGAACCAAGUUCCUCGUUACAGUAUUUGAUUAUUGUCAUUUAAUCUAAAAUUAAUUGUAAAUUCAGAACAAUACGGCAAUUCUGGAAUGAUCUCAUUUUCUUGUUAUUCAAAUUAACACGAUUCGAUUGGUUCGAAAGACGACCAAUCAAUGCCUAGUUAAGAUAACGUAGUUUAAGUACCCUCUUUAAAGUAUUAAAUUUAUUUGGGAAUCUCAAUUAUUUACCGGUGAUUAAUUUUUUGAGAUGAAAUUGAAUGGAAUAGAGGCAACGGCGGAUCCAGGGUAGGUCAUGGGAGUCACCCUCCCUAAGCUGGUUCCAGGACCGACUCGACCACUAAUUUAACAUAAUGAUUUUAUUUAAUAUUUUGCCACCAUCCAGAUUAUAUGUAUAAUACAUAUAAUAACUAUGUAUCAUGACAAACGCAUAAGUUCUUAACUUGACCACGCCUAUGUGACCCCCUCCUGGCGCCAAAGCUGGAUCCGCUCUUGAAUAGAGGUCUGCCUAAAACCAUCGAUAUUAAAAAAAAGAAACAAUAACGUCCUUCUAUUUAUUUAAAUUUAUGUAAAUUAACUUAAGUUUGUAAAUUUCUGUUAUAAAAGCCAGAGUCAAGUGCGAACUAACCCUCCCAUCUGUCAAAAUGUCCCUGAUUUUGUCUACGCGGUAAUUUGGUAAUCAUUUAGAGACAAAUAUAAUUACAAAACUAUCGAAGAUCUCAUUAGUCUACAGAGAACAGUUAGGCAACAGGGAUAAUUAAUAUUAGUUUUCACGCAAAAUUUAUUUCAAAGGAAGUUUCCUGAAUCUUGUCAUGGUCCCCUGUAACAUUUAAACUAGGGUUUUCUUAAAUCCAUGUAUAGUACCGAUUGUAAAAUGCCUCUAUUUUAAACACUGCCAAUUUAUUGCAUUAACAUAUCUGAUAGGUGCUGUCCACGAACAUCACAAACAAUAUUCAAUAGCAAUAGGAAUCCUUAAAAUUAUCCCAGAAACGAACGUUGUAAAAACAAAAUUAGUUAUAAACUGUUUUAAAUUUAUCGGCUCUGUCUGAAUCUUAACGCUGCGCUGAAGACAGUGCUUUAAAACAGUAAUUUCUGAUUUAGUUUUUAUGCAAAUCGUAGUGUAUGUGCAAUGUGCAUUGUUGUCUCGCUGGCGGAAAUAAUGAGCGAGAUAGCUUUUUGAUUUAUACUUAUUUUUGUAAUGUUCGCAACUACUACUACUCUUUGUUUUUAAUUUAUUUUAUUAGUCU